AUAUCCGUACGAACGCUAGACAAAAUGGCGAACAAAUUACCAUGGGGCCUGAAAGGGAGCCGUUUAGCCCCUGGUUCUGCAAAGACCAUCUCCGAGAGCAAGUUGAAAGCUUUCGAGGUGGGGACUAUGAACCUUGGAAAACAAUCCCUGUCAAAAAAGGAAAUAGAUGAAAUGAGGAAAAAGCAAGAUGCAGAAGCCACAGCACAGGUAUAUGAGGAGUUUGUUGCUUCCUUUGAUGAAGCACAUAAACAUGCAGGCACGAAGAUGUGGGUCAAGGGAGAAACUGUCAAUGCUGACAGACCUUUUAGUGGCAACCCAAGAACUCAAAGAAACAGCUCGGGAGACUCCAGACCUGACAAAAACCGUCUGUAUAAGCCCACAUCCAAGCUAGCCGAGCUAGCUGCAACAUUCCAGUCUGUGAAGGAGACAAGGAAAGAAGAUGAUAAACCGAAUUCUAACAAAAAGAAAAGAGGAGAUGAGAAGAAGAAAAGCAAUCUGGAACUCUUCAAGGAGGAAUUGAAACAGAUUCAAGAAGAAAGACAAGAGCGACACAAACUAAAGAAAGUGUUGAGAGAUUCAGGUGUUGAUCUGCCGGACAUCGACACCAAAAUUUCCCCCUUUCUUGAUCCCAUGGACAUAGGACCUGCUUCACUACGUGGGCCAGGAGACCGAGCAGGGGGAAUUGGAUCAUUUGACCCGGGAGAUGAGAACACAACCAACAUCUAUGUGGGCAACAUAUGUCCAAAGAUGACAGAGCAACAGCUUUGUGAAACAUUUGGGAAGUAUGGUCCUCUAGCAAGCAUCAAGAUCAUGUGGCCUCGCACAGAAGAGGAGCGUUCCCGGGGACGAAACUGUGGAUUUGUUGCCUUCAUGAACAGGAAGGAUGGAGAGCGAGCGAUGAACUCGCUACGAGGAAGAGAAGUGAUGGGCUUCGAAAUGAAGCUAGGGUGGGGUAAGGCGGUGCCCAUUCCGCCCCACCCCAUUUAUAUCCCCCCAGCUCUGGUUGAGAUGACCCAGCCACCCCCACCCUCAGGACUUCCCUUUAACGCACAACCACUGAAGAAGGCAAGACUUGAGAAGUUGUAUGGAAAUAUUCCUCCACCAAAAGAUGGCGAAGAUGAACAGUCUAAGGAGGAGAAAGAAAAGACUUUAGCCAACGCUGUUGUCAAAGUGGUUAUCCCCACAGAAAGAAAUCUCCUGUCUCUUAUUCAUCGAUUGGUCGAGUUUGUUGUUCGAGAAGGACCCAUGUUUGAAGCAAUGAUUAUGAAUAGGGAAAUAAAUAACCCUAUGUUCAGGUUUCUGUUCGACAACCAAACACCAGCACACACAUACUACCGAUGGAAGCUCUUCUCCAUACUUCAGGGAGAUUCACCGUACACAUGGCGGACAGAAGAGUUCCGUAUGUUCAAGGGUGGGUCUAUGUGGCGACCCCCACCAUUAAACCCAUACACCCAGGGAAUGCCAGAGGAGCUUGUGAGCAAGUCUGCCUAUAGCCUCGAUAUUGACCCCAGCAUUAAGAAGGGACAGCUCACUGACAGUCAGCGAGACAGGUUGGAGGACAUGUUGCGAGAGUUGAGCCCAGAGCGGCAGAAAAUAGCAGAUGCCAUGGUGUGGUGUCUGGAUCACGCAGAGUCGGCGGAGGAAGUGGUGGAAUGCAUCGCCGAGUCUCUGUCCAUCCUUCAGACUCCACUACCUAAAAAAAUUGCACGUCUGUUCCUCGUGUCGGACAUCCUGUACAAUUCCAGUGCUAAAGUGGCCAAUGCAUCCUACUUCAGAAAAUACUUUCAAGUCAAGCUUGAAGAAAUAUUCAGAGAUGUACACGAAUCCUAUGAAAACAUUGAUGGAAGAUUAAAAGCGGAACAGUUCAAGCAAAAGGUGAUGUCGUGUUUCCGGACGUGGGAAGACUGGGCCGUCUAUCCAAACGACUAUCUCAUCAAUUUGCAGAAUGUCUUCCUCGGCCUCAUUACACCCAAAGAAGAACCGGAGGUUGAGGAGAAGAUAGAGAAGCCUAUUGUAGACUACCUGGAUGGAGCUCCACUUGAUGAUCUGGACGGCUUGCCACUGAAAGAUAUAGAGUACAUUGAACGCAAAGUCAUUGAGGAUUUGGAUGGGGCACCACUGUCAGAUGACUUGGAUGGCAUGCCGUUGGAAAAGCCUGAAAAGCCAGCCAAGCAAGACACGUCUUCCACUGCCCGCUUCGCCCGGUCCAAGUGGGAGGAGGUUGAUGAGACAGAGCUGGAAGCACAAGCAAUGUCAACAUCCAAGUGGGACCUGCUGGACCAGCAGAGUGGGGAGGAGGAGGACGGGGGCGGACAGGACCAGAUGGUGGGGGAGGACAUUGAUGGAGCCCCCAUGGAGUUAGAGGACAGAGGACAGGAGUCUGAAUCGAGUGAGGACAGUGAUGAUGAUAGCCAGGACCAAACUCCAUACAGACAGGAGAUGUCUGAGGAGAGGAGAGCCAAGCUGAGAGAAAUAGAGGUGAAGGUGAUGAAGUAUCAGGAUGAGCUGGAAGCUGGACGCAGAUCUCGCAAACCUAACUUAACCUUUGCAGAGCAGAUAGCCCACUAUCGCAAGAAACUCUUACAGAAGGAGACCAGUGAGUCCCCCGGAAGAAUGUCACGUGAGAGGAAGAGACACAGGUCAAGGUCACCAUAUUCACCAUCACUACGCCUUGGCUAUGACAGUCCCAAGCGAUCAAAGAAAACGAAAAGCCCCAAGAGAUCUCGACGGUCAAGGUCACCAAAGUCAAGGUCACCCAGGAAGUCUCCAUCAAGAAGUCCAAGUCGUCAUCGGCACAAACACAAGAAGAACAAAUACAGAGACUGAUGUCCGUGCCUCAGUAUUUCUUGUAUAUAUUGUAAAGACAUUGUACAGUGACAAGCUACGCCAACAACUACAGUGAUCUCUCCCACCUUCUGCAGGUUUUAAGUCAGUGUUCCAAAGUGAAUAUACCUGCCAAUCCAAACAAGAUAUAUUUUUGUCAAAAAUUUGUUUGUCUGUGUUGUCGAUUGGUACAAAUUUCUCAUGACUUGCUGCAUUUUCAGAUGAACUUUGAACACUACUUGCUAGACCUACUGCUAGACAAACUUAAUAAAAGUCAAAAUGAACACCACGUUUUGGGACGUAAGCGUUCUUCCAGCAACAAAUGAGCCCAUUUUCACUGACCUUGAGACUGUGGCCAAGUUUGGCGCUGUGGACGUGGAGUUUGUGGAGCUUUACAGCUGUCAAUGCCUGGCCCAAUAGCAUACCUUCAACCCCUGCUUUUAUCCACAGGUUCAAUUGUCGGAGGGUGGUUUUUCUUGAGGUUGUUCAGCAGUCACCUUCACACGUUAUUUGAUUAGUACAAUGACACAAUAAGGGAUAAUGAUCUUUAUUCAUUCUUUAAUAUAUGUUUCUUAGGGAAUGCAAAUUUCAUAGUUAUUGCAGUGGGGUUGUACAAGUUCUUUCAAAAUGUUAAAAAAAGAAUCUACAGAAAGAACUUAACCAUUAAGAAUAUUGUCCAGGGCCCUGUUCCUCAAAGCGAUCUUAGUGCUGCAUUGAUCGUAGGCCUAUGAUGAAGUAUGGGAGUUACGACCAACUUAGUACUAAGAUCGCUUUGUGGAACAGGUUCCAGGUUUGGCAUUCUUGCAGGUCAAAUUCCGACCGGUGUACACGGUUCUUUGUUCUACAUUCAGAUUUUCUCUGUUUCUCCUCCACACCAAUGGCAGCAUGUAAUGCAUUCAGCAAUGAGUUCACUGUAGUGAUGUUGGGCCAGGUGGGAUGAGGCAUUAUUCUUAUCCAUUCAUAUUUACCAUUCAUUCAUCACGUUUCAUCACAUUUAAAAUGCAAGAACCAAAUGUACAUCUAUAUUGAAUGUUCCUAUGUAAGUCCUUUGAAGAUUUGUCCUUUUUUUCUUCUGAUGGCACCCCUUCAAUCACUCUUUCUUGUAUGAAUCAAUUGAAAGUACAAAAUAUUUGAACAGAUACUUUCUGAAGAUUUAACAGUUUUCAUUUAGCCUGAACAAGCUUCAGUUCAAUUCAAUAUAUUCAUGGGCAUGCCAUAUCGUUCCUUUGGGUUGAGGGGCAGUCAGGUAUCCUAGUGGUUAAAGCGUUCGCUCGUCUCCGAAGACCUGGGUUCGAUUCCUGACAUGGGUACAUUGUGUGAAGUCCAUUUCUGGUAUUCUCCGCCGUGAUAUUGCUGGAAUAUUGCUAAAAUGUUACACCAUACUCACUCACACCUUCGAGGUGAUAUUCAACAUAUCAUGACUGAAUCACCCUCUAAAAAAUGUCAAGAUUUGUAUUUUUAACUUAUCAGUCAUUUGUGACUGCAGCAUGCAUGUUAUGUCAAGUAUUUAAUAAAUGAAACUUAUUUCCCAAACUUAGUUUAUGUUAAGUAAGAAUCCUUAUCUUCUGCAGAGAAAUGUGCGGCGUUAAACAACAAAGGACAAAAAGGCAGAGAAAUGUAGCGUUUUAUCAUAAUGCCCCAGUCAAGAGUCAAGGUCCUGUUAUUAUCAGUUAACGUAUGGAUUAAAAUGUAGAAAAAAUACUUUGAUUGCAUGAUCAGGCAAUAUUUCUGUUCAAUAUCAUUUUGGAAAUUACGCAAAUUUUUUUAAACAACCUUAACAAAUAAUGAUAUUACAGAAGUACAUAAAAUUUUCAAUUAGUCAUGAAUUCUCUUGAUAAAAUUAUUAUGUGAUCUUCUUUUAGAAGAUUUUGUGAGGAUUUGUACCAACGUUUGACAUGUUUGUAUCAGCUAUCAACUCCACAGCAUCUUGGGUGCUCAAUGAGAAGACUAUCAUAAUUUAUUGAUUGCUAGUAUCAUGCAUUUUGUGUCAAUUCGUUUUUUAAUGAUGUUAUUAAUGCAAAAGUCAGGUGAAACAUAUGCACUGUUAACUGAUCAUCGUUUCCAAAGGAAAGAUAUUGUUGAAGGAACUGCUGUGUGUUCGCAGGGUCAUCCGGUUAAUCAAAGAGGAAGAUGAAUUUAUGUUUAUUGCUGCACCAUAUUUGAAUGUGAUGUACAUUUACUCUCUCAUCAAUCAAGUCACAUGUUGUUACCAUUGCUGCCAAUCAUGAAAUAAAAAUGAACAAGUUA